UCGCGGCGGUUCGAAAGGAUGAGCAUGAGAGCUGCUGCAUCUGACGAAGGAUCACGGCGAAGGACUCCGACCCUGUUGCUCCCGUCCAACUGGCUAACGAAAUACAGAUACGAGGGAUGCACCGGGCCUUGUGCAAGGCUGGCGCGAAACGACAUGACAGCUGGGUAACCCGCUCGUGGAUCACAUUUCCAGGCGAACUGGUAUCAUCUGCUGGCUGGCGAAACGAUAGAAAAAGACAGCAUGGCAGCUUUCGCAACACUCUAAUAUUUGUGGCUGGUACUGUAGCCCGGGACCACGUGAUGUGCAAGAAAAGCAGGUUAUACAGCGGGUAUGCCAUUAGGUCCACGACAUUUUACUCCAUGUAAUACUCCAAGAUCCGAAAUUUGAUA